GCUGAGCCGCAACAGAAGCCAGGACAUUCCUCCUGAAAACUCAGCCUGUUUCGUAACUAGUCGUGCAAUCAGCUCUUAAUAGAGCCAGGCCGUAGCAAAGCCUAGUGGUCAGCUGAUUGGCGGGGUAGGCGGGUUCCGGGUGUGGGCGCCGCACUCGCACCUUACUGGGUUCGGCGCCGCAGGCAGCGAGGGCUCAUUCGAACAGCGUCUCCUCAGGCUCAAAGAAGCCGAGGCCGCUGGGGACAGCCUGCUGGUCUUUCCUUUGAAACUUUGAAUCUCUUCUCCCAAAAUCCACCUCUCGGUGAACAUUCGAGGGAAAGCCAGAGGUCACCAUGGAUCUUGAAGGAGGCCGCAAUGAAAAAGCAGAGAAGAAAUUCCUGCAAAUGGGCAAAAAAAGUAAAAAAGAUAAGGGAGAAAAGAAACCAACUGUCAGUACAUUUGCAAUGUUUCGCUAUUCAAAUUGGCUUGAUAAGUUAUAUAUGGUGCUGGGGACAGUUGCUGCUGUUAUCCAUGGAGCUGCACUUCCUCUCAUGAUGCUGGUUUUUGGAGAAAUGACAGAUAGCUUUGCAGCUUUACCAGACCAAAUGGUAAAUUUUACAAAUGCAUCUAAUUCAAGUUUUGAUUAUUCACUGGUCUACGAAAAUCUGGAGAAGAACAUGACCGUGUAUGCCUAUUACUACAGUGGGAUUGGUGCUGGUGUGCUUGUUGCUGCUUACAUUCAGGUUUCAUUCUGGUGCCUGGCAGCUGGAAGACAGAUAUUCAAAAUUAGAAAACAAUUUUUUCAUGCUAUAAUGCGGCAGGAGAUAGGCUGGUUUGAUGUGCAUGAUGUUGGGGAGCUAAACACAAGGCUCACAGAUGAUGUCUCCAAAAUUAAUGAAGGAAUUGGUGACAAAAUUGCAAUGUUUUUUCAGUCAAUAGCGACGUUUUUCACUGGUUUUAUAAUAGGAUUUACACGUGGUUGGAAGCUAACCCUUGUGAUUUUGGCCAUUAGUCCUGUUCUUGGGGUCUCAGCUGCUGUUUGGGCAAAGAUACUUUCUUCAUUUACUGAUAAAGAACUUUUGGCAUAUGCAAAAGCUGGAGCAGUAGCUGAAGAGGUCUUAGCAGCAAUUAGAACUGUAAUUGCAUUUGGAGGACAAAAGAAAGAACUUGACAGAUACAACAAAAAUUUGGAAGAAGCUAAAAGGAUUGGGAUAAAGAAGGCUAUUACAGCCAAUAUUUCCAUGGGGGCUGCUUUCCUGCUGAUCUAUGCAUCUUAUGCCCUGGCCUUCUGGUACGGUACUAAGUUGGUCAUCACAAAAGAAUAUUCUAUUGGACAAGUACUCACUGUCUUCUUUUCUGUAUUAAUUGGGGCUUUCAGUGUUGGACAGGCAACUCCAAGCAUUGAAGCUUUUGCAAAUGCAAGAGGAGCAGCCUAUGAAAUCUUUAACAUAAUUGAUAAUAAGCCAAGCAUUGACAGCUAUUCAAAGAAUGGACACAAACCAGAUACUAUACAGGGAAAUUUGGAAUUCAAAGAUGUUCACUUUAGUUAUCCAUCUCGAAAAGAAAUAAAGAUCUUGAAAGGCCUCAACCUGAAGGUUCACAGUGGGCAGACAGUGGCUCUGGUUGGGAACAGUGGCUGUGGGAAAAGCACAACGGUCCAGCUGAUACAGAGGCUCUAUGACCCUGUGGAGGGCACGGUCAGUAUUGAUGGACAGGACAUUAGGACCAUCAAUGUAAGGUAUCUAAGGGAAAUGAUCGGCGUGGUGAGUCAGGAACCUGUGUUAUUUGCCACCACAAUAGCUGAAAAUAUUCGCUACGGCCGCGAAAAUGUGACCAUGGAUGAGAUUGAGAAAGCUGUGAAAGAAGCCAAUGCUUAUGACUUUAUCAUGAAGCUACCUAAAAAAUUUGACACCCUGGUUGGAGAGAGAGGGGCCCAGCUGAGUGGUGGGCAGAAACAAAGAAUUGCCAUUGCAAGAGCCCUUGUUCGCAACCCCAAGAUUCUUCUGUUAGAUGAAGCCACAUCAGCUUUGGACACUGAAAGUGAAUCAGUGGUUCAGGCAGCCCUGGAUAAGGCCAGAGAAGGUCGGACUACCAUUGUGAUAGCUCAUCGUUUGUCUACAGUUCGUAAUGCUGAUGUCAUUGCUGGUUUUGAAGACGGAGUCAUUGUGGAGCAAGGAAAUCAUGAUGAGCUCAUGAAAGAGAAAGGCAUUUACUUCAAACUUGUCACAAUGCAGACUAGAGGAAAUGAAGUUGAAUUAGAAAAUGCAACUGAUGACUUCAAAAGUGAAAGUGAAGCUUUGGAAAUGUCUCAAAAAGAAUCAGGAUCCAGUCUAAUAAGAAGAAGAUCAACUCUCAAGACUGUCGGUGCACCACAAAACCAAGACAGAAAUCUCAGUACAAAAGAGACCUUGGAAGAAAAUGUACCUCCCGUUUCCUUUUGGAGGAUUCUGAAGUUGAAUAUAACUGAAUGGCCUUAUUUUGUGAUUGGUAUAUUUUGUGCCAUUAUAAAUGGAGGCAUGCAGCCAGCAUUUUCAGUAAUAUUUUCAAAGAUUGUAGGGAUAUUUACCAAAAGUCAGGAUGACGAAACAAAAGAACGGGACAGUCACUUCUUUUCACUAAUGUUUCUACUCCUUGGAAUAAUUUCUUUUAUCACAUUUUUCCUUCAGGGAUACACAUUUGGCAAAGCUGGAGAGAUCCUUACCAAGCGGCUCCGAUACAUGGUUUUUAAAUCCAUGCUGAGACAGGAUGUAAGUUGGUUUGAUGACCCUAAAAAUACCACCGGAGCAUUGACCACCAGGCUUGCCAAUGAUGCUGCUCAAGUUAAAGGGGCUACAGGUUCCAGGCUUGCUGUAAUUACUCAGAAUAUAGCAAAUCUUGGAACAGGCAUUAUUAUAUCUUUAAUCUAUGGCUGGCAGUUAACACUUUUACUCUUAGCAAUUGUACCCAUUAUUGCAAUAGCAGGAGUUAUUGAAAUGAAAAUGUUGUCUGGACAUGCACUGAAAGAUAAAAAAGAGCUAGAAGGUGCUGGAAAGGUUGCUACAGAAGCAAUAGAAAAUUUCCGAACUGUUGUUUCUCUAACUCGGGAGCAGAAGUUUGAAUAUGUGUAUUCACAAAAUUUGCAGGUACCAUACAGAAAUUCUUUGAAGAAAGCACAUGUCUUUGGCAUUACGUUUGCGUUCACCCAGGCAAUGAUGUACUUUUCCUAUGCCGGCUGUUUCCGGUUUGGUGCAUUCUUGGUGGCAAAGCAGAUCAUGGAAUUUGAGCAUGUUUUGUUGGUCUUCUCAGCAAUUGUCUUUGGAGCCAUGGCAGUGGGACAAGUCAGUUCAUUUGCUCCUGACUAUGCUAAAGCUAAAGUGUCAGCAGCUCACAUCAUCAUGAUCAUUGAAAAGGUUCCUCUGAUUGACAGCUACAGCACAGAAGGCCAAAAGCCCAAAAUGUUGGAGGGAAAUGUGACAUUUAAUGGAGUCGUGUUCAACUAUCCCACUCGGCCAGACAUCCCGGUACUGCAGGGGCUGAGCCUUGAGGUGAAGAAGGGCCAGACACUAGCCCUUGUGGGCAGCAGCGGCUGUGGGAAGAGCACGGUGGUCCAGCUCCUUGAGCGGUUCUAUGACCCCAUGGCUGGGACAGUGCUCAUUGAUGGUAAAGAAACCAAAGACCUGAAUGUCCAGUGGCUCCGGGCACAGCUGGGCAUUGUGUCCCAGGAGCCCAUCCUGUUUGACUGCAGCAUUGCUGAGAACAUCGCCUAUGGAGACAACAGCCGGGUGGUGUCACAGGAAGAGAUUGAACAGGCAGCCAGGGAGGCAAACAUACACCCUUUCAUCGAGACACUCCCGAAUAAAUAUAACACCAGAGUAGGAGACAAAGGCACUCAGCUCUCUGGAGGUCAGAAACAGCGCAUCGCCAUAGCUCGAGCACUUGUUCGAAGGCCUCAUAUUUUGCUUUUGGAUGAAGCUACAUCAGCUCUGGAUACAGAAAGUGAGAAGAUUGUCCAAGAAGCUCUGGACAAAGCCAGAGAAGGCCGCACCUGCAUCGUCAUUGCUCACCGCCUGUCCACCAUCCAGAACGCAGAUGUGAUAGUGGUGUUCCAGAAUGGCAAAGUCAAGGAGCAGGGCACACACCAGCAGCUGCUGGCCCAGAAAGGCAUCUAUUAUUCCAUGGUCAGUGUUCAGUCUGGAGUCAAGCGCUAGUGAAUUGUGACCAUGUGAGCUGAUAAAUACUUCAUAUUUGAAUAAAAAUAUGGCAUUUGAUCAAAAUGAAAAUGUGAGUUACCAAUUUAACAUUUCCUGCCACAAUUGAAGAUCAUUCCACCAAUUUCAGCAUCUUCAGAGACAUUAUUCUUUAAGGAACAGAAAGAAACAUCACUAAAUGGAGUGAAACAAUGUUUUCUAGUUGGAUUAUAAAAGUUAAAGAAGAAUUCAAGGUAGAAUUUGUUAAUAAAUUGUAAUUUUUGUUUAUAUUUUCUUAUUUGGACAGUAACUGACUGCCUUGCUAAAAGACUAUAGAAAUAACAAAAGAUAUUUUAUGUUUGCAGUAAAGUGCCUAUAAUAAAGCUAAACUUUUAUAUGACUGAAGUCAACAUGUCUAAAAUGUCUCUAAAUAUAUUCUCUCUCAAAUGCAAUAUUGCCUGUAAUUUUGGAAGCUUGAUCUAAUUGAUUCUUGUAUUUCCACAUUAUAAUGGCUUUGGUACCACAGACUGAUACAAGAUUUUGGGGUUUGGUUGAGAUAUAGGAUGAACAGUUGUGAAGUGUAUACACUGAUACACAUUAAAUAAUUCCCAUUGUACUUAUAAAGGGUUAUUACAGGGU